CUUGGAGAUUUGGAGGCGAGGCGGGAAGCGAACAGCCGCGCGCGCCGGGCGGGAGCAUGCGGCCGUACAUCCCCAAGCAAACCUUCGCAUUCUGCCACUCCCUCCUCUCCUCGCGCCUCCUCCUCCUCCUCCCAUCCCCCGCCGCCGCCGGCGCCGCGCCGGCGCCGCACUUGCCCGUGCAGGCGCUCCUCACCACAGCCGGCCUCCUGCCGCGGCACCCCGAUCUGUCCCUCGUCGCGCUCAACUCGCUCCUCCGCGUGCUCUCCCGACGCGCCGCCUCCCCGGCCCACCCGAUGCUCGCGCUCCGCCUCCUCGUGCGCAUGCUCUCCCCCGGUUCUCCCCUCCCGUCGCCUGACCACCUCUCGUUCCCUUUCGCGCUCUCCGCUGCGGCGGCCGCCGCCCCGCCCCUCGGGGACCAGCUCCACGCGCUCGUCGUCAGGAACGGGCUCUUCCCGUCCGACCACUACGUCACCACCGCGCUGCUGCAGCUCCACGCGCCCCGCCCGGACGACGCGCGAAGGGUGUUUGAUGAAUUGCCCCGUCGGGAGGCUAUACAUUAUGAUCUUGUGAUCGGCGCGUACGCGCGCGCGGGGAUGGCGGCGGAGGGGCUCGGGGUGUUCAGGGCCAUGUUCGCGGACGGGGUGUUGCCGGACGCCGUCGUGCUGACGACGGCCAUCGCGGCGUGCGCGCAGGCUGGCGCGCUGGAGUGCGGGGAGUGGAUGCACCGGUACGUGGAGAGGACCGCGCCGGGGCUGCUCGGGGACGCGUUCGUCGGGUCGGCGCUGGUGAGCAUGUACGCCAAGUGCGGCUGCCUGGAGCAGGCGGUGCGGGUGUUCGACGGCAUGCCGGAGCGGAACGACUACGUCUGGGGCACCAUGGUCGGCGCGUUCGCGGUGCACGGCAUGGCAGAGGAGGCCGUGGCGUGCCUGGACAGGAUGGCGAGAGAGGACGGCGUGCGGCCGGACGGCGUGGCGGUGCUCGGAGCGCUGUCCGCGUGCGCGCACGCCGGCAAGGUGGAGGACGGGCUCAGGCUGCUCAAGGAAAUGCGCCGCCGGUACGGCGUCGCGCCGGGACACGAGCACUACAGCUGCACGGUCGACAUGCUCUGCCGGGUCGGCCGGCUGGAGGACGCGGUGGCGCUUAUCAAGACAAUGCCGAUGGCCCCGCUCACCUCCGUCUGGGGCUCGGUCCUGACAGGCUGCCGUAUAUAUGCCAACGUGGAGCUGGCGGAGGUGGCGGCCGGCGAGCUCGCCAAGCUCGGCGCUGGCGCCGACGAGGGCGUCUACGUGCAGCUCUCCAACAUCUACCUCGACGCGAACCGGAAGGACGACGCGCGGAGAGUCCGGAAGCUGAUCGGCAGCCGAGGCAUCAGGAAGGUCCCCGCGUACAGCGCGGUAGAGGUCGACGGCGAGGUGAGCUCCUUCGUCGCCGACGACCAGGCGCACCCACAGCGCGUGGAGAUAUGGGGGGUGCUCGGGUUGCUCUCCGACCAGAUGGGACGGGAGCCGGACGAAGAGAACUUGGCAAUGCUGUCCUGACAGGAAUAGAAUGGAGAAAUGCAGGGAACCAAAUUGAUUUGACUCGACUAUUUUUUUUAAGAACUGAUUUGCCUCCAGGUUGAGGUUGAUUAAUGCAAGCUCAGAUUGCAGCUGGUAUUUAUGGAGGGAUGCAAUCGUUUAGCAGCUGAGUGGUUAUUACGAACACAUUCCGAUCGAGAAGAAUUCGAAGAAAAUAACAUAAUUUUUGUUGCAAGAAUGAACAUUUGUUGUUUUCUGAACGCAAAAAAUUUUGUUUAUGUGCCUUAGUUUCGAAGUUACUACAAAAUUCCGAGAUAAAUGAAUACUCCUUCCGUCCUUAA